UAAUCGCAGUUACACUACAGUAAGAAGCUCGACCAGAGCGAGCGAGCGAGAGAGAGAGAGAGACAGAGAGGAGGGUCAAUGGCGAAUCAAGGAGCGAAGAAGAGGAAGGAGGAGAACAAGAAGCACAUGGCCAAUCUCCUUCGCCUCAUCAUCGCCUGCAACGUCAUUUAUGUCUUGAUCAGAAUGCUUUUCUUUCACUCUUCCUUCACAUGGAAGCAUUGGGUUGGUCUCCUUGUGACAUCUGCUGCCUAUGGUAUUUCUUAUCAGCAACUUGCCAAUAUGGCAAAGCCAGCAUACUCUGAUAACGGAGAACUUUUAGAUGGUGGGUUUGAUAUGACCACAGAUGGAAUUUGUGGCUACUUGCAUGAUGUGAUCUACAUAACGAGCUUUGUACAAGUGAUGUCCAUUAUAUCUGGAAAAUUUUGGUGGACUUAUUUGGUGAUACCAGUAUUUGCUGCGUACAAGGUGUCCGGUCUAUUGAAAGGGUUCCUUCCACAUGGUUCGGAGGGUGGUGUCGAGGAUGAUAAAAGUAGGAAGAAGAGGGAAAAGAUGGAGAAGAAAGCUUCUAGAGGCAAAAUUCUUAGGACAAAGGCUAGGUGAUAUAUAUACCAACAACUUCUUUAUUUACUAGUAAGUGCUGUGGCUUCUGUAUUCCUAGUGAAUGAGAGCGAAGUAUAAGCCUUAGUGAAUGAGUUAAUAGCAUAAACAUGUAUAUUUAUGCCAUAGUUAUGAUACAAAAUUGUUUCUUGAUGCUCUUCAAGUAUUACUCUACAGUCCAAAAGCUUGCUUCCCCAGGUGAGCUCCUUUUCAAUA